CAAACGCAAAGCAGACCAAAACAGCCAAGACGCAUGAUCAAAAAGAUUUUGUACGGCUAACCCGACGAGUGAAUAUCGAUUAUAAAAUAAGACAAAAGUCCUGUAACAAAAUGAGUCGUACGGUUUUAAAUGGGAUUUAAUUGAAUUAAAAAUACAUAAUGCUUUUUAAGGCUGUGCUGUGUUUAUCGAGUUUACACUUUUUCAGUAAUUAUUUUAAGAUUUUAUAUCAAUUGAUGGUGAUGAACUAUGGCAUUUAUUAAUGUGGUGCUAGUGGUCUGGAUGUAUUGUGUGAUGUUAAUUGCAGGUGUAGCGGCUCAGGAGCAAUGUACAGAUUUGCGCGGUCGGUUGAUUUCCCACGGACUUCAUUAUGUGCCUGGCCCAGAUACUUGUACUCUUUGCGUUUGUGACAAUGGGCUGCCGAAAGUGUGUAAGGCGGUUCUAUGUUCACCUCCCCAGGAUUGCCGAUCUUUCCGCUUGGGGAACACAUGUUGUGAGUUCAUUUGUUUGGACGAUGUAGUGAAGCCCGCGGAAGGGGCGGAAGCUAAUGUUCGAAUGGCGGCUGGAGGCGCAGCCGCCGUGGUCCUCCUGACAGUCGCCUUGGUCGUGUACCGCGUCAGGAAGCAGAAGCGACGCCGCCCACCGCAUGCCGAUGAUCAGAGGAGCUUAACGAGCAUUGGGUACAUAAGCGGCAGUAUGGGCUACAUGGGAGGUACGUGUGAGACGGCACUGGCAGCGUGGAAGCCGCCCAGUAACUACCUGCCUAGAGGGGAGGCGCCGCCGCCUUACGACGAAGCUAUUGCGCAGUGUCGCCCCGAAAGCAUGAGAGUGUCAAACGAGACGUCGUACCACCGCACGUACCCGGCGACCGUGGAGACGAUGUCGCGGCCGGACGACGUCACGUGCGCCGGCCACGGCUACGUCAACGUACCGCGACCCGUCACACAGAUCGCCAACCCGCAGAGCUGCUACAACGCGCCACUGCUGCAGCCGGUGCACCAGCAGGACAGCCGCGAGCCUGCCCCCAUGCCGCACCACCCUCUCGCAUCCAACAUGGUGGGGUUCCCGAGCGCGAUUCGUCUGACGGGCUCGCUGGGCGCGAUCAGUAACCGCGGGCUGCUGUCGGUCCUGCAGGCGGAGCCCGACCGGCCGCACAACGUGCCCGGCUUCUACACCAACUCACCCAACAUGCACACCUCGCUACACCGCACGAUCCCCCGUAUAUCGACGGCAGUGGAGGCGACGCUCCUGGACGCGCCGAUAUGUGGGUUCGGUCGCGCGGACCGGUCGCUGCAGAGCGAGGUGCGGCGCUCGUUCCACAAGGCCAGCGACGCGCCGCGACACUGCGCCGACACCGGCCGCAGCAUGCCCAGGAACCUCAACCUCGCCUCCGCCAACGACAUCACCAGGAACAUUGAACCCGUCGAUGUUGAUACAAGCCAGGCGCGUCUGAGCGGUAGUACGGGAUGGCGAGGGCGUACCCACAGCGAGGAGCAAAACGUGGGCGCUGAGAGGGCCGCUGACCCCGCUCCACCUGCCAUUCCAUCGCAUGCACAGCAUUCACAGCACACUCAGCACACUCAGCAUAAUCAGCACACUCAGCAUAAUCAGCACACUCAGCAUACUCAGCAUACUCAGCAUAAUCAGCACAGUCAGCACAGCCAGCACAGUCCACACGGGCCGCCCGGCCAGCACGCGCGGCCCCCGCACACGUCCGGCCCGGCGCCCCCCGCGCCGCAGCCCACGCUACCGCUCACCGUCGACAAGCCGUCGUGCGUGUGCAGCUACGAGGGCUCGGCCCCGGGCGCGGAGGACGCGGACGACUACCGCAGCGAGUGCGAGAACUGCAAGUCUGCUAGCAGCUCUAGAUGGGUGCUGGAGGAGGGGUGGGAGGGUGGUGCACUGGAGGGCGGCGGCACGCAGACCCUGCAGCGUCGCGCGCCGCCCGCGCCCGCGCCGCCCCCCGCCACCGCCACGCUGCCGCAGCCCGUCACCAAGCAGCCUCGAACAGUGAUGGGUCCCCCGUCUAACUGGGAGAAUUGGUUCAACACGAUCCCCGACUCCGACUCCGAAUCCGAGGAGGAGUAGACACGCUCACAGACAACGCACACUACGUCACACACAACUAAUUACUAAACCCCAGCCAGUACUUAACUAAUGGAGUAUGUCAGGUUUCAUCGUAUUACAAACAUCAAGAUGUCCACUACUGACGAUAGACCUCCACAAAUUAAUUACAGAUCAGCUCGUGGAGGCUAUCUGUUUCCAAGCGAAUACAAAGUCAAAUAAUUGAUUGUUAAACCAUAAAGGCAAGUCUUAAUGUUAAUUCAUCAAACUCUUAGCGAACGCGCUCGUGUCUAUCGAUAUAUAUCUAUUGUCUCUCGAAUUACUACAAUACGAAGGUUAAACAAAAUUACUCUAUGUAAAAAGUUAAUAAGACAGGUCAGAUCUCAAGUUAGAACCUCGUCGUUAUUUGCUCGUUCCAACGUGAAGAUUCUCCAGCUUCCAUGCAAACUAGGUA